CCACCCGAAGAGAAAAAAAAAAGGGAAACCCAGCCAUGCCUUGGAAAAUUGGUAAGGAAGCUUGGUAUUUUCCCCUUCCUUUCUUGUUCUAGAACCCAUAAAGAACCCAGAAAUUUCCCCUUCCUCUAUGCAGAAACCGGAUCUGCUCUGCUUUGCUCUGUCCGUCGGCUGCUCUUGUUGUGGGGGCGAAUUGCUUGGAUUGCGUGAUUCUUCCCUGCACUUGCCGUCGGCUUCUCUCCCAAACUGCAGCUCGGUUUUGCUUGCUAAAUUGUGUUUAGUGCGUGAAUUGAGUGCUCGGUUUUAUGCGAGUGAGAUAAGUAAAUUUAUGGUAAUGCCCGUACUGUUUUAAAAGCAUGUUUUGAUUUGUUUUUGAAGUGGUGGCGGGACUAAACCCGUUUUACACGAGCAUGACUGAUUUGAAGUGAAAUGUUUUAUGCUUUUCAUUAAAUUGAGUAUGCCUACUUGAAAUUUAAGUGACUGUCGUGAUGAUCUGAAAGUGAUUGUGAAUUGUGAUUUUCCUGUUAACUUCUGCUUGUUUUGUCUCCGAUAUGGUCAUGUUAUUCGUGUGCCCGUUAGUGGGAGGUUUAUAAACGCUAGCACAUGUCGACAUGUUCGUGAUAGAACCGGUUCGCUCGUGGCCCUACUAGUGGGGAUUAUACACUAGUACUCAUGUGCCCGCCAGUGGGAGGUUUAUAAACGCUGGCCGUGACCUAUAGAGGAGACGUCUAUUUCGUGCCCGUACUGUAUCUGUUUUCGUGAUUGUACUUGUUGGCAUGCUUUAAGUUUGAUAAGGGGCACUCCAUAUUUACUUACUGAGUUUAUCUCAUAGUUUUUCCUUGUCCACCAUUUCAGGAUGUGAAACCGAGGACAAGGAAACCACGGGAAGUGACGAGUUAGAAGGCUAGCCAUAUUGUAAUUGGAUAUGAAAUUUUAGAAACAAAUCAUGAUCUUGUAUUUGGAGAUUUUAUGAUAU